UCAUGGCCACACACAGCUGAUGGCAAGCGCGUUAGAACGCGCUGUUCUCUAGUCUGAGAUAUAAAGGACAAACUCAAAUCUUUCCAUCCCCUCCUAUCUACUGUAGAUGUGGAAUACUUCAUAGCACAUCUGAGGCCAGUAAUCUUUCCGUGGACCUCAACAGACUGCUGAAUCAAAGCGGACUAUCUAUCAUGCAUCCGUUUGGCCGUGAAGAAGAGACCUCCAGACGCGAGCUCUUCGGCUUCUUCACGCGGUGUUUGACGCGCGGUGAGUGGGAGCUCGCGGCAGCCUGCGUGGGUCAGCUCGGCGAUGCGAGCGGAGAUGAUCCCCAUGGCCCACACAAUAUCGUUAAAGCCAUCGUUACCCACCCAUACCCCCUCAGAUGGGAAACAGUGGGCAGCCCUCACAGACUGGCCUGGUAUUGGCUUCAGAUUCUGGAAACACAGACUAAAAUAAAGGUGAGCGGGUCUGUGAAGAGAGAACUGGAGUUCAUGUUGCUUCUCGAGGAACUUGGAGAUGUGCCACUGUCUGUGCUUAAGGAGCUGCAUGAAGCCUUCCUGUACUCUCAGGAAGUAAAGGGAAACAUUCCAGGUGAUUGCACCACUCCACUGAGCGCUGCUGUUCUAUCCUGCCUCCGUUCUCUUUUAAUCCGCCAGCAGCCGCAGCUCUGCCACUCUCUCAUCAGCUUCCUUCAGCACUCAGGCCACUCCAGAGACCACACCUUACAGGAUGUCUUUAUCCAGCACCUCACUGAGCGAGUGAACGUGCCUGUGGAAGAGAGGAAUGAGAAAUGGGUGGAAGAGGUGUGUUCAGCGCUGGCCUUAGCACCAUGGGGGCCAGAGAGGUCAAAUGCUCAGCUAGAGACCCUGUGGAAGGGUUUGUGGUCAGCUAGAGAAGGGCCCAUGACAGAGGAGAGAAUUCUGGGAUGUCUGCUGAGGCCGCAGGGUCAGGGUCAGGGUCAGGGUCAGGCUCAGGCUCUGUUGACGUCGUACAGCUCCACAGCACUCAGGCUGCUCAAAGAGAAACUGCUGAGAGAGGCUCCACAUACACAGGUGGACUUGCCUGAUCUGGAAAGGGUCAUGCUUGGCUUGUGCUGUCAUAGUGACAAGCGUUUGGUGUGGAAAGCCAUUUACUUUGAGUGUUUGAGCACUGGAAAGCACUUUCUGGAGCAGGUCUUGCUUACUGGUUUAGAUCUCAUAAAGCGGGAAGAGUUUGCCAAACUGGAAACACUAUUGCAGGCUGAGUUUCAGCCUUUGUCCCGCCUCUUGUUGUUAUUGGGCUGGAUGCAUUGUCAAAGCCUGGAUUCUGCCAAAACCCUUUUAAGCGUCCUACAUAACCAACAGCCCCAGACAAAUGAUUCAGUAUUGAGUGAGUUAGCUUGCACUCUGUCCUCUCAACUUGGUGUGCUAGAAUGGUGCGACCAGAACAACCCAGGGAUAUCCCAUGAUGCCUUGCUGAAUCACUUACACAUGCUGAACCAUCACUCUGCCCUGUAUGUGUUGCACUCCCUGACACCCCUCGCCAAAUACGAGGAGCACAGAGUUCUGGAACUGCUGCAAAGAACAGGAGAUCCUUCAUUAGUGGACUCACCCAGCAGCUCUGUCCAGCGGAAUAUUACUCUGUUUCGAAGCUUCUGUGCCAUGAAGUAUGCUCUUUACGCCAUCUGUGUGAAUGCACACACGCACACCGGCUGCCUGGACUGUGAGCCACUGCAUCAGCAGCAGACAGAGGAGGGCCAAGGGGAGGAGCCAACCGAAGGAUGCUCUGAUCUAUUCCAGCACUACCUAUCAGAAUGUCAGCUGUACCUGGAAGCUGUUCCAGCAUUAUUCCGUUUGGAACUCUUGGAGAACAUUUUCUCCCUCCUUUUCCUUUCUGACUCUGACUUCAGCCCACAAUCAGAUCAGAUCAGUACGGGCACAGAAAUUCAAACAGACACAAACACAGAGAAAAUGAAACCAAACAGUGCUAAAAGUAUAAGCACAGCUGAGAGUGUCUUAAGUGCAGAAAAGGAAGGUGGAAUGAUGGAGGAAUUGAAAGAAGAGAUCCAAAGUAGAGAUUCUGAUCAGAUGAACCCUGAGCUGGGCCACCUGACGUCAGGGUGCCGGGGGUUUCUGGUGGAUUUGAGUGUAAUGGAGGGGAUUCUGCGGCUGGUGAAGGAGGGCUUGGAGGGUGUGUGUGGGGUCGGGCAGAAGGGCGGCAGGGCGCUUGCGGCCGAUGUGGAGUUGGCAGAGAGUCUAGGAUGUUCUGUUACAGCGGAAACAUUCAGUGCCCGGUUACAGAGAUUGUCUAAAUACACGGCAGAAGCCCAGUGGAGAUUGCAGAUUGUUACUAGCAACCAUGGCAAUGGGAAUGAUGGCUUGUACUUUCCAUCUCCACUCCCCAGUCCGGCACUUCCUCUGAAACGCCAGGGCAGUGGCAGCAGCAGUUCAGGUGUUCGGAGGAAGAGAAGAAACCAUCGGCACCGCUCUGAACGUCACGCCUCAUCUGAACGUCAGAACGGGGAGGUCAGCACCAGCACCUCAGAUGGCGGGGUGUGUGUUAGGGCUGUGUGCCGUGGGAGUGAAGUGUGUCCAUGUGGUGGACCCCAUAGCUGGCUGAUUCCUGCGAUGCUCUCCCCACCUGAGUCUCUCCUCAUCGCCUGUAUACGCAGAGGCAACUACAUAGAGGCCCAGCAGGUGAUUGCGAUGUAUAGCUUGGAGAACUCUGAGUGUGCGGGUGAACUGGUCUUUAUGGACCGGUACCGGGAGGUCCUGACUGAGCUGGCUCAGGUGGAGCAGAAGAUAGAGAGCCAGUCACUUUCUUCAUCAUCCUCGUCUUCAGAGGGUCUGGGCACAGUGGGUGUUGCUCCAGCAGGCAGGACUAGAAUGGGCAGCAGCAGCAGAUUAACACUUAAAAGCAUUGGGAGCGCAGCAGCCGCAGGCAUGGCCUUUUAUUCUAUCUCUGAUGUGGCCGAACGUUUACUCAGUACCUCGAGCCGGCCAAUACCCUGUCUAGAGGACAAUUACUGGCUCUCCCAGCACUCUGCAGACUCCCCAGACCUCGUGCAACCACUGCUGGAAGAGUUGAGCCCUGCAGCUAUGGCGGCAUUUGACCUCUCCUGCUGUCAGUGCACACUGUGGAAAACUUCAAGGCAGCUGCUCGAGACUGCCGAAAGAAGACUCAGCAGCUUUCUGGAGGCCAGAGGUAUGCGAGUAGAUCCAAAGGUUCUUCACACCAGCAGUAUUAGAGGCUUCCCUUCAGUACUGCAACAAAUCAGCAAGGUCCUUAAUAGAACCUCCACCAGCAAAGGAACAAACUGUAAUGGAGAGGAGAAUGCUGUCUACAGUCCCUUUGGCUGUAGUGCCCAGGAAGUGCUGCUGUCUUGUCAUUCAACAUUAACAGAGGAGAGUAUCGCCUCCCGUCUAAACCUGAAUCAGCGCCUAGAGGUCACACUUCAAACCCUGACCUCUGCCACCAACACCUCAGUAGAUGGUCUGACAGGGAGCUCUCUCCUGACGGCGCUGGCUGAACAGGCUGGUCUUAAGCAGUCUGAACUCGAUUCCCAUCCAGUGCGGACUGCUAUGAAACAACUCCUACAGUAUCUAGACCAGCUCUGCCCGUUUGAGCCUGACAGCGCCCCUGGCAGGCCAGAUUACAUACGCAACUUCCUUGAUUAUGUCAAUGUGUUGGCUUCAGUACUGGUGCGCAGUCUAUGGUCAGAAGAUCAGUCCAUGGAAGUGAAACUCGGAAAUCCUCUAUUACUUUUGCUUCAGUCGCCUACCCAGCUUCUCUCUCUCCUGUUGUUUGACAGACAGGUGUCACCUGACAGGGUUCUGUCUCUCCUGCAGCAGGAGCGGCUGCGUUUUAGUGUGCAACAGGUUGUAGUUCAGCGCUGCUGUGAAACUCUCCCUCUCUGGGAUUCUAGGGCUGUGACCUUUUCUCAGGGGCAGCCGAGGAUUGCUGGGCUCAACAGUGGGGUGUUCUGCCCAGCCAGCAUUGCCUCAAUUCUCCAGCAGUAUGCUCUGGAGUGCGCCCCUUCCCUUGACAUCUCUGACCCUGCCACAACCUCUGACCCCAGUUCUGAGUCUGAGGUCUCUGUGGAGGACAUGUCUGCUACAUCCACCAGUCUCUCCACUUCUCCGCCCUCACCGUCUUCAUGCCCUCCUUCUUCUUUUCUCCUCACUCCAUCUGCACUGUCUUUCCUGAAGUCCCGUUCACCCCUUGUCGCCGCCCUGGCUUGCCUCAGUGCCAGUCGGGGUGGCGUGACCCGAGCAACCUCCUCUGGCUGGUCAGGCUAUUUUCGCGGAUCUGGACGUAAAGAAGUGGUUUUGGAUGGAGACCAGAUCUCAAAGGAAGGGGAAUCCCUGCUUAAAAACUUCCCUAUCCUGAGAAUGUACCUACGGACCAUGGCUGAGCCAGUUCUAGGGGUCUCGUUGGAAGCAGAUGAGGGUCUUGGGGCAGCUCUCUGUGGGAAGCCUGUGGUGGGAAUGUUGUUUUCUGGCUUGCAGAGCAAUGUGGGACAAGCAAUUGCUGCUGAGGCUUUUCAGCAAGCCCUAAAUAUGGGUGAUCUGAACAGAGCCCUAGACCUCCUAGAGCUGUAUGCACAACCCUGCAGUCAGGAGGGGGCACUCCGGGACAAACUGCUGGCAUGCACUGCCCUGCAAGAAUGCAGCAGUGCGGAGCAGUUGUUUCGUGUAAGGGACUGGGAGCUGCGUGGACGUGUGGUUCUGCAGGGUUUGGACCGCUGGCCUUUACAAGAGUGUUUAGAGCUGCUGCAAUUCUGUCUCAGUGACCAGGACACCCAGGAUCCACUCCGAGAGCAGCUUCAGCAGAGGAAACAUGAGCUGGACAUGUACCAGCAGAUGCUGAGUUUGCAGCCACCAUUGCCAUGGGAGGCGUGGCAGGAGUUGAGGGAGGAGUCUACAAAGAAUCCUGAAUCUGUAUUCAGUCUAAUGCUGGAGGCCAAGCUGUUCAUAGAGUGGUCACGUUCUGACUCUGUCAUUAGUCUGCAAGAUGCAUUUCUGCAGUGUCCAGCCCAGGAGAGCGGCCCCUCUUCUCCAAGCCACACCCCUCCUCCAUCAGCAGGCAGCACACCCAUGCAUACACCCUCCAGUGAGAGACGCCCCAGUGGGAAGAGGAUCUGGCAGCUGGCCACACCUUUCACCCCUCCAGAAAAAACCCCUGACCGCAAGGACUGGAUCCCAGACCACAAACAGCACAUCUGUAUGGUCUGCCAGAGGGAGAGAUUCACCAUGUUUAACAGACGGCACCACUGCAGACGCUGUGGCAGGCUGGUGUGUCAUUCCUGCUCCUGCAGGAAGAUGGUUGUAGAGGGCUCUGAAGAGCCUGUCAGAGUCUGUGACCAGUGCUACAACUUCUUCCACAUGGACUCAGAUGAGGAGCCUGAACAGGGGGAAGUUGGCAGCCCUGCAUCCGUUGAUGGAGUCCUAAAUGGGGUUCUCAGUCUGCCUGAGGUUCCACGAAAGCAGUACCGCCUGAGUCCAAACCCAGCAGAGAACCAGCAGCUGAAGAGCGAGUUCUACUAUGAGCAGGCACCCAGCGCAUCCCUGUGUGUCGCUAUACUGACGCUACACAGUGAUCACGCAGCCUGCGGGCAACAGCUGAUUGGCCACUGCCGCUCACUCUCCCGCAAACUGACCAAUCCUGAGGUGGAUGCACGUCUGCUGACAGAUGUGAUGCGUCAGCUGCUGUUCAGUGCCAAACUCAUGUUUGUAAACGCUGAAUGCACCCAUGAGCCUGCACUCUGUGACAGUUACAUCAGUAAGGUGGAUGUGUUGAAGAUCCUAGUCAGUGCAAACUACAAAUACAUUCCAUCUCUGGACGAUAUUCAGGAAAUGACUGCAGUGACACGUCUGCGCAACCAGCUGCUAGAGGCAGAGCACUACCAGCUAGCUGUGGAGGUAUCGACUAAGAGUGGACUAGACCCUAACGGAGUUUGGCAGGCAUGGGGUAUGGCGUCUUUGAAGGCUGGAAAUCUGAGUGGGGCCAGGGAGAAGUUUGCCCGCUGUCUGAAAGUGCCAGUAGAUCGGAACCAGCUAAACCAUGGAGUGAGACUUCUGCAGGAGAUCAUUCAGCACCUGGAGUCCACAGUCAAACCCACUCUGAGCACGACUGUGGAUGAGGACAUCCUGGCCUCCUUGCGUGAGCUGGAGGAGGCUCUCUCUGAUUCUGCUCCUCUAGAUGGAGCAGAGGGCAGAGUUCAGCGGUGCAGCUAUUAUCAGGAGUGUCUGUUUUACCUGCUCACUUACGGCACACACCUAAGCCUCAUCAGCUUUUACCUGCGGCACGACUGCCUGAGAGACGCACUCACCCACAUACAGAACAAGGAGUGUUCGGAGGAUGUGUUCCUGGAGGGCAUCUUUCAGCCCUGUCUUGAACGUGGACGGCUGGGGGCUUUGCAGGGUCUGUUAGAAACUCUGGACCCCACACUAGAGACCUGGGGCCGUUACCUUCUUUCAGCCUGUCAGUUACUCCAGCGCAGGGGACACUACCAUUCUCUGUACCAACUCCAGCAGUUCAUGAUGGAUCACAUUCGUGCCGCUAUGACCUGUAUCCGCUUCUUUUCUCACGGUGCUCAGUCAUAUCUGCAGCUGGGAGAACAGCAGCGCUGGCUGAUCCGAGCCAAAGAGCACCUGAGAACUUACCUGCAGGAACAACAGAGCCGCAGGAAAUCACACAGCUCCUCUUUCAGGAAGAAAAUGAGCUCCACUGAUGUCUCCAGACACAUGCACACAAUUGAGCUGCAGCUGGAGGUGACACGCUUCUUACACCGCUGUGACAGCUCACCAUCCAGGACAGCUGUAAGCCCCGCCCUCACAGGGAACAGUGCCCCACCCACUCUGUUUGGAAACAGCCCCAUGAAGGUGGAUGUGGCCUGCAAGGUGAUGCUGGGAGGCAAGAACAUCGAGGAAGGUUUUGGCAUUGCAUAUCGAGUAAUACAGGACUUCCAGCUGGAGGCACUGGCGGUGUACAUACGGGUCGGACAGCGCCUUGUCCGGCAGCGUCAGUACUCAUCUGUGCGGCAGCUCCUGAAGUGUGUAGGGGAGUCUGGGACAGCCUCUAAACAUGACUGUGACGCUAUUGUGCUCAGCUGUGUCUCAAUAGCUGAUAAGAGUCCAGCUGAUGCUAAAGAACUAGAGGGCCUGAUUCUAGAAUCUAAGAGUCCAGAAAACAAGAUAAAGGCAUAUCUUCAGUGCAGUAAGCUGCGGGCAGCGUAUCUCCAGGCUGUGAAGCUUGAGCUUGUGAAGGCGGCUCCAUUUGUACAGGAUGUGAUGCGGGCCGCUGAGAGCUCAGGUGACUCUGUCAUGCACGAUAUCUGCCGCCAGUGGCUCUCGGAGCAUCAGGAACGAUCGUCACGGCAAUAACUGAUAACCACUACCAGUUUCUAUUGUGAACUCUAAUUCCUGUUGGUCACUGAGAUAUUCUGCUCUGCUUUGAUUGGCUGGAGUGAAAUAAUAUGCCAGGAAAUGAAUCACAAUUGUGCCAAUUUUGUUACAUCAUGUCUAUUCACAAUCUAGCUCAUUAUGGGACCAGUCCAACUACCAAACCUCAUCCAAUGAAAUUAGAAAAAGGCCUCUCGAUCUACAAGUCCCCAUCAGAAAGAAAACUGCUUAACAUCACAAAACAUUUGACAAUUAUGACAACAUUCACAUCUGUGUUUUUUAGUAUUUGACUGAGCUUAUUCUCUUACCUCAGGAAAAGGGAUUUUUCUUCUAAUCACUGUGACUAAAUCUCAUCCUGAUGGAACAAGGCCAUAUGGUAGUGAAGUUAUCUGGAGUCUGCCAUUUAAAUGAAUUCUUAUCUGAGUUCAUGGCAAGUUUGCAAUGGUGUCACUAUAAAUUUAGUGUCACAUCAGACCUCAAAAAAAAAAAAAAGGUAGUUUAUUUUGGUCCUCAGUGAGAGAUAGCAAUCAGAUGUGGUUGAACUACAAAAUGUAUUGUUAAAAGGGAAGGUGUGAUUUACAGGCAUUAUGAUGAGGGAGCGCUGAGAACAAAUAUACGCAGUGUUUUAGAUACUGCGAAACUCUAAACUAACAGUUACAAUUGUAAAGUAAGGGAUUCUGGGUAUAACGUCGCAAUUUUCGAAAUAUACUGUAUCAGUGAAAUGUUGCUUACGUGUUUGUCUAUAACACAGAUUACCCUACAAUUAAUGCCCUGAAAUUAUGUGCACGGUUUAUGAAUGUGUGUGUGAAAGAGGCUGUGUGUAUAUAUUUACAGUAUGUUAAUCAGAUUAAACUGUCUCUGACCCUCCUGUAAUGUUUCAUAAUGUGAACUCUGUGAAUGUGUAUACAUUUUAUGGUGUAAAGUUAAUCACAGUUUAAAAAGGGAGGUGGUUUACUGCUUUUUUAGGGAUAUGUUAAAGGGAUAUUUCACACACAAAUUUAAAUUG